CUGUCUGUAGUGCAGGAAGAGUACCACAGGGGACGUAAGAAACAACCACGUCUCCAAUCUGACACUGAACACCGCCUGUGGAGUGAUCAGCCGUGGACAAAAGAAAAAAACCAAUGCAAGAUGAGAAACAACUAAAUGUAGCUCAGAGAUUCAUACUUGUCGCCUCUGCAGUGAUUAUCGAGAUUAUCUUGUUUCUCUAAGAUUGCGUUGUCCUGCGAGUGUUAGGCUGAGACCUUUAGGAUACAGUUUUACGUGAGGAAAAGUGUUUUUUUUUUUUUUCGUUAAUAAUGAUCAUGCAUAUUUUAUAAUUAAGACACUAUCAAUUAUUUUUGUUCUUUGGAAUUAGUUCUCCCGAAUUUAAGGAAAAGUUUUUAUUAUUAUUAUUAUUAUUUUUACCUUUGGGAUGGUGUGACUGAAGAAAAUCGACUGAAGAAAAGUUUCAGGAAGGAACCCCUAGAGCAUUUUGUGUCGCGAGUUUUUGGGUUGACUGUAAUUUAACGCAUUCCGGGAUGUUACCGAGACUCCAGACGUUACAGCGGCUACUGACGCUCGCGCUCGCAAGCGUAUUUCUAGUGCAAAGCGGAUCAAGUGACAAAGAAGUCAGACCAGAGGCAUGGCUCCAGCAGUAUGGGUAUCUUCCACUUGGUGAUGUUCGGGCUCAAGCAAUCCGCUCUCCUAAAUCCAUCAACGCUGCUAUAUCUGCCAUGCAGAAGUUCUAUGGCCUCACUGUGACCGGUUCCAUGGACCAGGAUACACUCAAGGCGAUGCAGCGGCCGAGGUGUGGUGUUCCAGAUAGGUUUGGUUCUGAACUGAAGAGCAACCUAAGAAAGAAACGCUACGUCAUCCAGGGCCUAAAAUGGGACAAAAGAGAAAUCACCUUUAGUAUCCAGAACUACACUCCCAAGGUUGGUGAACACGCCACACACGAGGCCAUCCGGAAGGCCUUUAAGGUCUGGGAGGCUGUGACGCUGCUCAAGUUCCGUGAAAUUCCAUACAGUCAAAUCAGUGGCAAGGUGGACAAGUUUGCAGAUAUCAUGCUCUCCUUUGCUGAGGGCUUUCAUGGAGACAGCACCCCAUUUGAUGGCGAGGGGGGUUUCCUGGCCCACGCAUACUUCCCUGGUCAUGGUAUCGGAGGUGAUACCCAUUUUGAUGCAGCAGAGCCUUGGACAACAGGCAACGUUGACCAGGGAGGUAACGACGUGUUCUUGGUGGCAGUGCAUGAAUUAGGUCAUGCUCUUGGUUUGGAGCACUCAGGCGAUCCCUCUGCCAUCAUGGCUCCGUUUUAUCAAUGGAUGGACACAGAUAACUUUGUGCUGCCCGAUGACGACAGGCGGGGAAUCCAGCAAAUCUAUGGUGCUCGCUCUGGUGAAGUGCCUCAACCUCCAGCACCCCGUACCCCCACUCGAAGUCCAGACCGCCCUUCCUUUGGCCCCGACGUAUGUGAGGGACACUUCGACACCAUUGCUUUUCUGAGAGGAGAGAUGUUCGUCUUCAAGGAGAAGUGGUUCUGGAGAAUGCGUGAUGGAAAACCUCAGCAGGGGUAUCCCAUGCCCAUUGGACACUUCUGGAAGGGUUUGCCUCCCUCUAUCAACGCAGCCUACGAACGUUCCGAUGGAAAGUUCGUUUUUUUCAAGGGUGAUAAAUACUGGGUUUUCAGUGAAGCCAAAAUGGAUGAAGGUUAUCCAAAAACCUUCAAGGAGCUUGGCACAGGCCUUCCUAGAGACAAGCUGGACGCAGCUGUUUACUACACACCCACGGGCAACACUUACUUCUUCAGAGGAAGCAAGUAUUACCGUUUCAAUGAGAAAAGCAGAUCUGUGGAUCCAGACUAUCCCAAACCCAUCAGUGUGUGGAAAGGAGUUCCAGACAAUAUCAAGGGGGCCAUCAUGAGUGCGGACGGAGCCUACACCUACUUUUACAAAGUCAAUAAAUACUGGAAGUUCAACAAUCAGCAGCUGAAAGUGGAGCCAGGCUACCCCAAAUCAGUUCUCACUGACUGGAUGGGCUGUGACGGUGAGGAGCCCAAGAAGAGAAGCGGAACCGAUGAGGAAGUGAUCAUCAUUGAGGUGGAUGAGUCCGGGGGCGGGGCAGGUGCAGCAACCAUUGUGAUUCCUCUCUUCCUUUUGGCCUGUGUGCUUGUCACUUUGGGAGCUCUGCUUUUUUUCCGUCGCUAUGGCACCCCUCGACGCCUACUCUAUUGUCACCGCUCUCUGCUGGAUAAGGUUUAGAGAAGGACACAGAAAGACAAGAGAAAGAUGGAUGGAGGAGGAAUAAAAGCAAUACAAUUAGAUGGCACUUGGAAGGGUGUUGAAUGGGAGAAAUUGUAUUAGGAUGGAGUGAAUGCCAGACCAAGAUCGUUUUACAGGUGCACAUGGGGGAGAGGUAAUAAAAGUAAAGGAAAGGAUGUGUAUUGUCUGUUUUUCUAUUUACAUGUACUGCUCUGCCAUUAAUAAAUGCCCAGAAUGGAGAGGGAGGAAAAAAGAGACAUGAUUACUGUUUAUCACUCAGUGAAAUGCACUUUUGUUCCCUCAGUCUUCUUUUUAAUAUUCAAUCCAUCCUUGAUCCUCUCUGAAAUCUUCCUCUCCAGAACCAAACUUGACUCCAGCCGCGUGGCUGUUUGAUUAACAUGUUCUAUACAUUAAAUGAUCUUCAUCUCACUUUGAUUUACUUUAUAAACUCAGACAUUGCUUUUUUACAUUACUGAUUCAAUGAAAAUCUCCUCUACAGUCUCCCCUACAGUCUUUUUCAUUGAAUUGCUUAUAUGAAAAGACUACCAAAAUUGACCAUUCUUUCUUGUACCCUUCAAUGGACAUGGAUAGAUUUGGACUUUUCAUACACUUCUGUGUCUGCACAAAGUAUGUCUUUACUGUAGAGACCUACCAUACAUGAAAGGUCAGAGGUUUAAGGUCAAAGUUCAGGAAGAGAGGAGUCGGCUCAGCUCCUGGUGUAAGCCAGUUUUUAAUUACACCUAUAGAGCAGAGCUGUCCAUCUGUUUCAAAUUUAAAUACUAUUGUUAUGAAGUAAUUUGUUGCAUUUUACAAUGAUUAAUAAUAUUACAUUAAUGACUGGCAUUGAUAUUAUAACCAUGGUUAUUGUUAUUAUUGUUCUCCAUGUGUAGUCUUGCCUUUUUUUUAAUUGAUAUUUCAAGUCCUGCUGGACACAGGCAGAAUGUGACUUUUCAAAUUACAUUCCAAUCCUUUAAUGUCAGGUUUAAGAAAAAAAAUUAUUCUAUAAUAAAUGGUGCUGGAGGUGAGAUUGUUUCUUUGUAAGACAUUUUCUUUCUCUGCAGCUUGCCAAGAGGAUAAUUAAAACAGCAGAAACAAAUAAAGAAUUAUUUAUGAUCA